AACUUCUCAACUACUCAUCCCUCCUCCUCAUCUCAUCAAUACUCUUCUCCAACACUCUCAAAAAUGUGUUCAGCUAAGCCAAAAUCUCAGCAGCUCACUAUGCCUAAGAUCAAUGGCCGCCCUGUUCUUCAGCCAACAUGUAACCGAGUUUCGAGCUUGGAGAGGCGAAAUUCGCUUAAAAAGAGUUCAACAAAAUCUCCUGCUAAUUCACCUCCUGUCUCUCCCAAGUUGCCAUCUCCAAGGCCACCAGCUAUCAAGAGAGGAAAAGAUGUUAAUGACACUGAGAAGGCUCUUAAUACUAUUACACCACUUUUCAUGACCAAAGCUAUCAAUGAAGUGAAGAAGUCAAAGAAGUCUAGUGCUGUUGUUCCUGUUGAGACUUCUUUGUUAGUUGAGACUCCAGGAAGCAUAGCAGCUGCUAGGAGGGAACAAGUUGCCACUAUGCAAGAACAAAGAAAGAUGAAAAUUGCCCAUUAUGGAAGAACAAAGUCUGCUAAGUUUGAUUCUCCUUUGGAUGCUGCUGGUGUUGUUGUUGGUAGUACUAGAGAACAAAAGAGAUGCAGUUAUAUAACACCAAACUCAGAUCCUAUUUAUGUUGCUUACCAUGAUGAAGAAUGGGGUGUCCCUGUCCAUGAUGACAAGCUUUUAUUUGAGUUGCUAUUACUGACUGGAGCUCAAGUUGGAUCAGACUGGACUUCAGUCUUGAAGAAAAGGCAAACAUUCAGGGAAGCAUUUUCAGGGUUUGAUGCAGAAGUAGUUGCUAAAUACAGUGAAAAGAAAAUCAAAUCAAUCAACACAGAAUACAACAUUGAGCUGAGCCUCAUUAGAGGAGUUGUUGAUAAUGCUGGCAGAAUUCUAGAGAUUAAGAAGGAAAUGGGGUCUUUGGAGAAGUACUUAUGGGGAUUUGUGAAUCACAAACCAAUCUCCACCCAAUACAAACUGUGCCAGAAGAUACCAGUGAAGACCUCAAAAUCAGAGAGCAUAAGCAAGGACAUGGUGAGAAGGGGUUUUAGGUUUGUGGGGCCAACAGUGAUCCACUCACUCAUGGAAGCAGCUGGCCUCACAAAUAACCACUUAGUCACUUGCCCAAGGCACCUUCAAUGCAUUGCCUUGGCCUCCAAGACUCCAUCACUAGCCCCCACUGCUCAAUGAGUUUCCCAAAACACAUUAUUGAAACCAAUUUCCCAUAACAAUCAUAAAAAAAAAAAAAAAAGGGCUCCAACUUAACAAACCAAUAUAUAUAUAUAUUAAAGAAAGUAUAUUUGACAUGUACCCAAAAGUAGUAUAAUAUAAUAUAGCAUGGUGAGCUUGUUUGUCUAACUAGAAAAGAAAAAAAAGGUUGGUUGAUUGCCAAUUUGGGUUAGUGUAACAGAAGAGAGAGUGUCAGAGUAGUUUAGGACAAAUUAUGGGCAAUGUAUGUGAAGAUGGAAAGAGAAGAAUUUGGGGACAGACAGCAUGUGAAGAUGGCAGGCAAUGGCUCUAUCAUGACAUGUGGUGGUCACCACUCACCACUCACCACACACCACACACCACACCAAAGGAAAAAAAAAAAAAAACUCCAUUAUUUGGUUCACACAGAUUGUGAAAGAAAAAUAGUCAGUAAAGAAUCAAAACAGUGUUGACAGUGGAUAAGAGUGGUCAAUUCUCAGCUUCAGAGUCACCAAAGUUGUGUGCUUUUCUGAUUUUCAGGCCAAGUCACAAAAUCAUCAAUCAAUGUUACUAGUUUAUGUUUAAACCAAGUUUGUCAUUGUUGCUAAUCUUCAACAUGUUGGCUUUAAUUUGUGGUAUUGUUGUAUAAAAUUAGCUUGGUAUAAGUUUGAGCUCUUGUAGUAAAAAUUACAAAAUUGAAAGUUUGUUUGAAUAUAUAUUAUGAAUGAUGUGACGUUCUUGUUCAUUGAUUUUA